UUUCUGCUUUAUACACACUUCACACACCCAUUUUCUCUCAUUUCACCUUAAUUUCACAUUCCAUUCACAAAUCCUUCCAUAUUCUCCAUUUCCUUCGCCAAUUUAGGAACUAAUUCAAGCAAAUAAAGGGUUUCCUUCUAUAAACACCAAAAGGUACACAGUGUUAUAAAUGGUGAACCAUAACGACCCGGAAUUUUACGAAGUUCAUUUGGAUAACAGCGAACGGAAAGAAAAGUGGGCAAGACUCGUCGACUUGAAGGUCAUACCAUCUCGAUACCCAGACGAAGAGGCACUGGAAGCACUGGGGCUCGGUGACUGCUUCUGGGAGCUCAGUCGAGUAGGCGGUCUGACAAAGUUAUUCAAGGGCAAAUGGCCCUCACACCGGCACUUAACAUUAGAGUUUUUGAGUACUCUAGAGGUGACCAAGGGAGAUUAUCCAAGACGUCAUCAAAUCCACGGGAUCAAAUUCCGUCUGGGAAAUACCGACCAUGAGAUGUCCGUUGAGGAGUUUAACGCCAUGCUGGGGUGUGGAGGGGAAGUCGUCUCUUGGCCGGAUGAGUUUGACAUGGAUGGAUUCUGGACUGCCAUCACUUUCCUCUCGAAAGGCAAACAGACACCAUAUUGUGAAGCCCGGGCGAAGUCUAUUUCCAUUCGGAAUCCUGUCCUCAGAUACCUACAGAUGGCGUGUGCAUUCCUCCCAUUUGCUCGAGAAAAAACCAAAAGAGUUGCACCGAUUGAGCUGUUCCUGCUGUGGAACAUUCUACACGGGAGGGCCCUCAACAUGGGGAGUUUCAUUAUCUCUCAUCUAGAGAUGCAGGCGGCCGGGAAGAGCUCUGGCGUACUUGCAUGUGGUGGGAUCGUCACGGCCAUUGCUGAGCGGUGUAAAGUUCACACCGGAGAAUUGGUGUUUAGGAGGGAGAAGGACAGAUGGGAGCUGAGCAAGGACAAAGGGGAGAUGUUUCUUUCGUUCGAGGUGCUGAAAGAUCUCGAAUUCAUCAUGGUCGACGACAGACAUCGUGUUUUCUUCAUCCAGAAAGGGGGAGGUUACUUCCCACUCCCGAACCCUAGCUAUAUGUAUGUUAACGGGUGGCAUUUCACUCAAAAUUGGAGGCUGAACACCGAAGCUCAUCAGGAAAUCAUGGAUGCCACGCCAGUCUAUGUCCCGUUGAAUCCACAUUAUCGGCCCGACACAAACUUCUGGUCUAACCAACAGCCCAUGAUGCCAGAACCGGCACAAGAGGAGCAUGCUCACGAUGGGGAGGGACCUUCCGAACAAAGGAGGACGAGGAGGAGGCCGAGACCCCAACAUGAUGAUUAUGAUGACGAUGGUGAUGAUGAUGUCUUGUUGGCCGAGAGGGUUGAUCUCCUAGGGAUCCGCAUUGACCAUGUUGAAGCCGCGAUGCACCAACACGUCAAACAACUCAACCAAAAGUUCGAUCACUACCAUAAGGUCAAUGGCGAGAGAUGGGGUCGAGUGGAGAACACACUAGAUGAGAUGGUGAGGGGAUUCGAAACAUUCCCCAAUCCAAUGCCGCGGCCGACGUCUCAGUAGAAGGUGAGCCUCUAUUCUCUAUCAAACAGAGAAUUCUAGGAAGCAACUCCAAAUAUGAAUAAAAAUCAAAUAUAAACAAGAGAGGGGGAGAGAGAAGGGAGAAAUAUGGAGCAAGAAAAGGUUAUACCUGAUUUCUAAUACAAAGAGAAGGGCAUCAAAUCCAGCAACUUAACCAAAUCUUGGCAGCCAAUGAAAUGGCCAUCCACCUGUAAUCAUUUGUAUGGUCCAACUCUAUAUAAAAAUGUAUGAUUAUUCAUAAUUAGUCAUUUGUUUGGUGUGAAAUUUUUUCUUAUGAUUUAUGAAUAUGGUAUUUAUAUAUUA